AUGGCGGACGAUCUCAGCGCUGAGAACAUUGAACUGCAAGAUGCUGGCACCAGCGUUGCCUCCUCUGUGAAGUCUUUCCUUUCGGGUGGCUUUGGUGGUGUGUGUGCUGUCCUUGUCGGCCACCCCUUCGAUCUUAUCAAGACUCGUCUCCAGACUGCCACGCCGGGCACCUACACAGGUUCCAUGGACGUCAUUCGCAAGACCAUUGCGGCUGAUGGUAUCAAGGGUCUCUACCGCGGUAUGGGUCCCCCUCUGGUCGGUGUGACCCCUAUCUUUGCUCUGUCCUUCUUUUCGUACGAUCUUGGUAAGAAGCUUGUGUAUGCCAUGACACCGAACCGUACGGAUCAGCACCUUACCCUUUCUGAGCUUGGUUUCGCUGGCUUUUUCAGUGCCAUUCCCACGGUCAUGGUAGCUGGUCCUGCCGAGCGUAUCAAAGUGUUGCUUCAGCUGCAGGGCCAGUCCAGCACCGGCCCUAAGUACAACGGUCCUGGUGACGUCGUGCGUCAGCUGUACAAGGAAGGCGGUCUCCGCUCCAUCUUCAAGGGUACUGGUGGUACUCUUGCCCGUGAUGGUCCUGGUAGUGCUGCUUACUUUGCUGCGUAUGAGCUGGCUAAGCGUUACCUGACGCCGCCGGACUCUGACCCGAAGAACAUCAACAUUCUUACCACCAUCACGGCUGGUGGUCUGGCUGGUAUGGCUAACUGGGCUCUUGCUAUCCCUCCGGAUGUCAUCAAGUCGCGCUACCAGGGUGCACCGGAAGGUACAUACAAGAGCUUUAUGGACUGUGCCCGCAAGACUGUGGCUGCUGAUGGCGUUGGUGCGCUCUUCAAGGGCUUCGGCCCUGCCAUGGCUCGUGCCUUCCCUGCUAACGCUGCUGUGUUCGUUGGUGUAGAGAUGUCGCAGUCUUUCAUGGACAUGCUCUUUUAG